UCCAAUCAAUCUAUGGAACCAAGAGUCACAGGAAAAAGUGCAGUUCAUACGUUUCAAUCAAGCUGGCAAUGAUUGAUUACAGUCCUGCGUUGAGUCUAAUCUGAGCCCCCACACGAAGAAAAUGAUUCAUUUUCCUUGUAGUGGGAAAAAGCUACUCUGAACACUUCGCAAGUGCCCUCUAUCUAUGGCCGUUAAGCGUGGGACUUUGUCUUAGAUCUCUGCGCUGCUAUUAUCAUUAUUAGUUCGAGGAGAGAAAAAUGGCGAAAGCUCUGGGAGGGGUCGGAGCGUGGGCUGAGGAAGCCGAGCGCGAAGAGGCGGAACAGAAAAAACAGGCAGAAGCAGAAGCAGAAGCAGAAGCUUCACGGAAAAAGCAACAGGCAGAAACAGAAGCCGCAGCAGCAGUUGGUAAAUCGAGGAGAAAAAAGAACCCAACAUACAGCAUUUCUGAGGUAACAACAGGGCAGUAUGUUGGGCCCGGGGGUCGAUCCCGGGUCCUCCCAGAUGCCAGGGUUUUCCCGUUUGCUGACAGAAACAAGGUCCCUGAUCAAACUUUAAGUGGAAGGGCUGGGGCAGGGUUCGAUCCCAGGUCUCAGGAAUUCGACAGAAAGCGGGAGCCGCUGCCCGCUCCGGCCUCGCGUGCCGAUCAGGUGGACGACUGGGGUUUUGUCAAAAGGGCCACGGCUGUCGCUUCAAGCAGCGAGCGCCCCGGUAUUCCGUCACAAGACGGAAAGCGGAGCGUGGAAUCUUCGUCCCUUCCUCCGCCCGAGGAGACGAGAGUGGCGGAGUUAGUGCAACAGCAAGUUAGGGUUAGAAGCGACCCGUUUGCAGGCGCCCGGACGCGGGAGCAAGUUCUGGCAGAGAGGGAGAAAGAAGGGCUUCUGUGCAAAGAUAAGGUAAGCGAAAAAGAUAAAAUGGGCAUCGUUAGCGGCGCAGAAAAGGCUAGUAAUGUCGUCGAGGAGGAGGUUAUUGUGGAAGAGAAAAGCAGAAGCUCAACGUCCAGUAGGCCCCCCACUCCUAGAGGUCCAGAGCUCGAACCCCAAGGCGCGGCGCGGAAGAAGAAAGAGAAUAUAUUUGGCGUAGGAAAGCCCAGAGAAGUGUUGCUGGAGGAGAGGGGUGUGGAUUAUCGUAAAAUAGACUUGGAGUUGGAGCGCCGGCCUGUUGUCAGGCCUGAGUCGGAAAAGGAAAGGGAACUGAAGGAAGAGAUAAAUAAACUUAAAAUGUUGGUUAAGAAUGCCAUUGAGGGGGACAGAGUUAAAUAUGUUGAAGGAUCUGGUCAGGUAUUGGAUAAGGAACAUGCGGAUAACUUACAAGCCCAACUUAAUCAGAAAGAGAGUGAGCUGCAAGAGUUGACAUUGGGUCUGGAUGACAUGGUUCGUUUCCCACAGAAACAUGUUGAUAGACCUAGUUCUCGAUCUGGACAUUCUGACCAUUCUGGGAAGCUGUUCUCAGGACCUGAGCGAUCAGAUAUUUCAAGAGGAUUUAAUCCUGAAAGGUUAGGUUCAUUGUCACUGAGUGGAGAUAUAACAGGAGAAUAUGAUGGUGAGAGAUCAAGUUUGAGCUCUAGAGACAGAGACAUGUCACGGCGUUUUGAACCAGAGAGACGUGGGGGCAUGGUCAGAGGUUCUGGUCGUCGAAGCUCAGCACUUGAUAGGCCUGGUUCUCGAUCAGUGUCUGGUGAUUUUCCUGGACGAUAUGAUGUAAACAGACAAGGCUUUCAUUCAGAUCAUGCUGGAUUUCUUGCAGCCCCUGAUUCUGGUUGGUCAGGUCCUCGACCAGGGUAUAAUGAUUUUUUUCAAGGAAAUGGCUCUGAAAGAGUGCGAUCUAACACUGGGCCUUUUAAUUUUAACAGAGGACACCCUUCUGAAAGACUAGAUUCUCGUUUUCAGCGCAAUAAUACUUCCCGAGGUUAUGAUUCUGAAAGGCCGAGUUCAAGUUCCUGGCAGAGUGAUCCACGAGGAUAUGGACCUGAAAUGUCUGGAUCAGGUUCUUGGCAUGAUGAUACCACAGCUCACGAAUCUGAAAGACCAGGCACAGGCUCCUGGCAAGGCGAUACUCAGUGGCAUGAGCCUGCAGGGUCAAGACCCAAUUCAAGGAGAAGUGAUACCCACAGAGGUUUAGUUAUUGAGAGAGGAAUUUCCUUACCAGCAAGGGAGAAACAUUCUAGAGGAGGCUCUGACUUUGAUAGAUCUGGUAGUUUUGCUGGUUACAAUGAACGGAAGAGAGAUGUCUUUGAUAGACUAGGUCCUAUGCCUGCACAAAGAGAGACCCCAAGGCGUUUUGUUUUAGAACGACUAGGUGCAAGGCCUAGUUCUGUGGAUACACAUACACAUCAGGAUCUUGAUGCAAUAGACUGGCCUGUUGGUAAUGAUGAUAGCAGAAGGCAUCAUGAGGUUCAGAGCUCCUACACUGUUCAUGAGUCUGAAACAAUGGAGCCAUGGCCAACACAAGAAGACAACAGAAGAAGUUAUGAUUCUUACAGAGGUUCAGAAAGAAGCAGAAAUGAUCAAUUUGUGUACAACGAGGGCAACUAUGGUGAUGACUUCUCCAGCAGGAGAAAUUACAGGCAACAAGACUAUGGUAGAAGGGGAAAUUAUGCUUUGCAGGAUAGGUUUAGUCAAGGUAGAGGUGUUCAUGUUAAUCAUCGGUAGGGGAAUUACAUGCUUUAGCACCACUCUGUAGUAAAUACCUCUGUAUUGUAGUGAUCUUUCCUGAACGUCUAUAUCUUGUCUCUAGUUUGUGGAAGCUGUCAUAUAAUUUUUGAUCGUAAGUUGCAUGUUUCUAACUGGUGAUGUUCAAUCACGGUGAUGUUCAAUCACCAUCUUUCCAAGUUAUGUAUGGGAUAAUGCUCGUGAUUGCACACCUGUUGAGAAUUUCACCUAUGCCCAAAAACUUUCGAAGCUCAUACAUCCGUCGAUGCUUUUGUAAUGCAACACCACAUAUUCUGGUAUACAGAUGGUUUUCCCUGAAGAUUAACUGGGGUUGCCUUGGCCGAUUCUUUUUUUUUCAAAUUUCUUAAACAUGCUUAGUGAAGAAUUUCGUGUUUCUUUGAGUAUGACGAAUCUCAAAGUAACUUAGUAUCACAAGCUAUAUGUACUUCUAAACAAAGCAAACUUUCUAGCCUUUUGCAAGAUUCAAAUUGGGGCCAGAUACCAAGCAAUGUUCCUUAUUAUGUUGGCGAUACUUUCUACUAUUUGCAGCCAGUAUUACCAUGUAAGAGCCUUGCUGAUAAAUAUAUUCAGGAUUCUAGAGGUUUUUUGUUCUUCCUAA